AUGUGGGCUCUGAUAUCCAUCCAGGAAGACAGUAGGGAAUCAACCGCAGUUGCCAUCGAGAAUGGUGACCACCUUGAAAAGGUGGUGAAAAUUUCCAAUCUGAACAAGAUAUUUAAAUCGUCGUCGGGAACCCGAGUCGCGGUCCGCAACUUAUCGCUGAGGAUCUACAAGAACCGGAUCACUGCGUUGCUCGGACAUAACGGCGCCGGGAAGACUACUACCAUGAACAUAAUCAUCGGAAUGACUCCGCGAACAUCCGGCCGCAUCGAGGUGGACGGCGAGGACCACGCCAGCAACUAUCGCCAGCAGAUUGGAUUCUGUCCCCAGCAUAACGUGGCUUUGGGCUACAUGAGCUGUCGUGAGCAUCUAGUGUUCUUCGGAGCACUACGCGGAAUGAGCAUCCCAGAAGCGGAACGGGAAGCGGAUGACAUUCUUGAGAAGGUGAACCUGGCGGAUAAGAGCGAUGAGGUCCUCGCAAACCUGUCUGGCGGGAUGAAGCGAAGAUUGUGCUUGGCCAAUGCCAUCAUCGGCCGGACCAAGCUACUGAUUCUUGACGAGCCCACCUCAGGAUUAGAUCCUGAGUCGCGGCGGGACAUAUGGGACAUUUUGCUGCGGUUAAAGAAAGACCACACCAUCCUGAUUACCACCCACUUCAUGGAGGAGGCAGACGUUCUUGGUGAUUGGAUUGCCAUCAUGGAGAACGGGGAACUGAUCGCGUUCGGGACGUCGAUCUUCCUGAAGCACUAUUACGGCAAGGGGUACACGCUGAAGCUGUUGAAGGGGUCCGCCUUUGAUCGGGACAGGGUGAUGUCGAAAAUUCGGGAACAUAUCAGUGGAGCGGUUGAGAAGCCGGCCGUGGAACCGGUGUUUGCGGUCACUUUGUCGUACAUUUGUAUGGAACAAUACUCGGCGCUGCUGGAAGAAUUGGAGACCGAGAAGGAAGCCUAUGGGAUCGAGUCGAUCAGUGUGACCAAUGCGACUUUGGAGGAGGUGUUUUUGAACUCAUCGUCGGACAACAAAGCCCUGGAAAAUGAGAGAAGCUUCGAUGUGGUAGACUCGCCUGGUAGGUCCGGAAGCAUCGACUCCUCCGCCCCACACUCAGCCACACUGCACUCAGCAAAACCGCACGAGUCCCUGCUGCUAAAACUGCAACUGCUCUCCCAAUACAAGGCAAUCGCCUACAAGAAGUAUCUGCACAUCAGGCGAAACCUCCACGUCUACCUUUUCAUGUCCAUCCUUCCGAUCGUGACCACAGUGCUGUGUUUCCUGUUGAGUGGUGGUUAUUCAAGUACCGAUUACGGCGUCGUGAAGCUGCACCACUCUACCGUUCAGGGAGCCUUCGCUGUGAUAAUCCUGAACGGAAACGAUCGACCGAUCGAGCUAGCCUCCAUCCGAAACGAAACCUACUUCCGGAACUUGGAUCUGGUCCUGCUGGAAGAGCAGAACAUCGAGGACUACCUGCUGCAGGAAGCCAAGCGGGACAUAAUGUGCUACCGGCACCGGCUCGUUGCGGCCAUCGAGUUCAACGUGUCCGAGGGAAGUCUGAAGAUCCUGCAUAACAACAACUUGCUGCACAGCGCCGGGAUUGCCGCCAACAUCGGGAGCAACUUGCUACUGCAUUACUAUGGCUAUCCGGGGGUUGAGGUCCUGGUGAAGAACAGUCCGUCCACGAGGCGGAUGCAGCUGGAUUCGAUCACGCCCUACGUAUUCACCGAGGAGAUCGCUUUGGUGUUCAUGCUGUACAUCCUGCAAUUCUUGCAACUACCAUUGUAG